UUUGCCUCCCUGACAGACACCACAGCAGCCUCGUUGGAUCUAGCCACCGCAGACUCAAUUACAGAAGGCACAGUGCAACAAUUCAAGAUGACAACCCAACCAAUGGACAUCAUGGGACAGUGGAAGAUCACUAUCUGGGAAGAGCAAAACUUCCAGGGAAAACAUUGCGAGUUUAUGCUGGAAUGUGCCAACAUCAUGGAGCGGGGGUUCAACAAGAUCCGAUCCAUUAAGGUGGAAUGUGGACCUUGGGUGGGCUAUGAGUAUCCAGAGUUCCAGGGACAGCAGUUCAUUCUGGAGAAGGGUGACUACCCACACUGGGAUGCCUGGAGUGGAAACAGCGGCUACAGGACAGAGCACCUGCUUUCUUUCCGGCCCAUCAAAUGUGCUAACCACAGUGACAGUAAGGUCACCCUUUACGAAAAUGAAAACUUUCAGGGCCGUAAGUUUGAGUUGUGCGAUGACUACCCCUCUCUGCAGGCCAUGGGCUGGUGUAAUAAGGAGGUUGCUUCCAUCAAGGUCAACUCUGGAGCGUGGGUUGGCUACCAGUACCCAGGAUACAGGGGCUACCAGUACAUCUUUGAGAGAGACAGACACAAUGGUGAGUUCAAGAACUACAACGAGUACAGCACCCAAGCCCACACCAACCAGCUGCAGUCUAUCCGCCGAAUCCAGCACUAAGUUAUGGAGAGCUCACCUACCAUCGGAACAGCCUGUACUACGAAAUAACUGUAGCGAACAAUAAA